AUGGAGUCACUUAAAAGAAGCCUAUUUGAUAUAAACGAACACUUUAAUGCCAGGAUGGCAGAAUUCCAGAGGGAGUUAAAAGGAGCUAUCCCGGCCACUAGUCCUUCAUCAAAUAUAAACUCGCAGUUUGUGGCCUUCCGUUCCUUUGUUAUGACAGCCUUAGAAAAUCUGCAGCUGCAGGUGGAACUCUUGGCUAGACAACAAGAUGAGUUGGAAAUGCGGUCCAGAAGGAAGAUUCUCCUUGUUCAUGGUAUUGCAGAAGGUGAUAAUGAAGACCCGUGCAUUUCAGCAUGUCGCAUUCUUUCCCAGCACCUUGCAUUGACACAGCUAUCUCCUGCAUCUGUUAGCCGCUGUCAUCGCUUAGGACGUGCUGGUGGUGACAAACCUCGUGCUAUGCUCAUAAAGUUCAGAGAUUGGUCACUUCGGGAUACAGUUUGGUCUGCAAAGACUAGGUUGAAAGGCACUGGGGUAACAUUAUCCGAGUUUCUUAUUAAAAGCCGCCACAAGACCUUUCUGGCGGCUCGACAACGGUUUGGUGUGACGAAGUGUUGGACCAGGGACGGCAUCAUCAUGGUACUGGACUCCGGCGGUAAGCGUCAUCGCAUCACAACUCUGGCUGAGCUGAACGCCAUCUCGAAUUCUGGUCAGGAUGUACCGAGUGCUGCUAUACCGGCUGCUGCUCCUAAUGCUACAGCCGUAGCCCCUAAGGACUCCAAACUAACCAACCCGAGAGUUAAAAGAGUUGUGAGGAAAUAGAUGCAGUAGGUUCCUCAGCUCAGUGUCCUUUUCAUUCAGUGCGCUGUAUGAUUCGUUCUUGUGUCUAUGCUUAAACAUUUAAUUAUCAAUGUUUGUUUGAACUCGUUUUAGUAUAUUUUAUUUAGAACUUUGUAGGUAGUGCUAAGAUUAGUAUAAUGUUUACAGUUUGUUUGUAGACAAGUGACGGCUGACAAACAGCAAAUAAUAACAAUUGUCAACUGACACUGACAGUUAACGUUUGCACCGUUCGUUUGACGCCUACCUAUUGGAAGCAUUUGUAAAGCAUGCAGCACAUUGUUCAUAAAACAAUAGUUUAACAAAGUUGUGGUUAUUUUAAUUCAGUUGCUGGUUAUUAUCAUUUGUUUCUUUUUUCUUUUUUUAUUAAUAUUAUAACUUUGUUUUUUAUUUUAUUUAUUUUGUUUCGUGCUGUUCUGUGUACUAUGCUUUUUGUGUUUUUUUUUUUUUUUCUGCUAAGCUGCUGGCGGAUU